GCAAACUGUCAGCAUUAGCAUAGUAAUCAUAAAGAAAAUUUUUAAAGUGUCCACUUCCUGGAUGUGGCUGGAAAUCGUAGUGCAAAAAGUUUGCGAAGGUUUUUAUUCAGCUUCAUCCCGAAUUGUAGUUUUGCAUAAUAUUUUGUGCUUAGUAAUAUAUAAGCGAAGAACACUACGUGCGGUCGCGAAACUGCCAACCAAUCAGUUGUAGAAAGAUAUUUUUUCACAAAAAGUUACUCUGUCUCUUCGGAUUAAAAAUGAAAAUACCAACAACGAAACAAGAAUUGUUUUACUACUACUAAACUGCCUAGGUAUGGAUGAAAUAUUAGCGAUGGAGGAAAAUCGUUUUUUGCGAAGGGUUUCAUCCGUAUGAAACUAUUUGCUCAGCUGCUAAACAGGAGAACGAUGAAUGGUUCACAACGACACUUGACUGAGCCGAAGUGGAUGACUGGAGUCUGUUGUAUCUAAGAACGUAUAAAAAUUAUUAGGUAGCGGAGAUACUCUGCCGUAUAACAAUUGUAAUUAAAUAUUAAUAACUACUGACCACAGUGCUACUUGUGUAGUACCAGGCACUGCUAUAGUACAUAAGCGCGAAGGAGGUACAUUCUCUAUACUUCCCAAUGGAUUUAAGAAAGGGACACAUUUCGUUGGUGCUUCCAAUAAACAGUGGUGACUCCACAAUCGGCCCUCAAUCGAGAAAAAGUUUGAAGCGGCACUGGAAUCAACUGUCCCGUUUUCAGAAGAACCUAAUCUGCAUAGUGUUGGCAGGCCUGUGCAUUUUUCUGUUUUUCCUAAUUUCCUAUGACGAUACAGCAAGUAGACAAACUAAAAUUGAGCAACCAUUGGAGCAUAUUCAGAUUGCACCGUUUAAGGAUCGGCACGAAAAUCUUGGUCAGUUACAUUUGGCCGAGGCAGCACCGGAUAGAGGUGUGCGGGAUCGCAACUUUCGUUCCACCGGCGCCGAAGUAGAGGAAGUCAAUUUGGUUCGCAACAACGAAAACCAUCGGCCUGAGGACAGCAAGAAUAUUAUUGAUGAGCCACCGAAGGACGUCAAUCAAGGGCUGGAUCAGCUUAAUGAUGAACAGGUUCAUCUUGGGAAUGAAGUAGGAGCCACACUGCAGGUUAUCCGAAGUGAACCCAAGGAGAUUGUGGAGAAUGAGGAAAAUGUUCUUGAGGAGAAUCGUCGUAGCGACGGUGCUAAAGAUUUCAAGGGACCAACAAAUAUGCGGCAGCGGGCAGUAGUUGAUGCUUUCCUGCACUCGUGGAAGGGCUACAAGGAAUACGCCUGGGGUCACGACAAUUUGAAACCCAUUUCGAUGAGCUAUUCUGACUGGUUCGGUUUGGGCUUGACCAUUGUAGAUGCAUUGGAUUGCCUCUACAUAAUGGAUUUGCAGGACGAGUUCGAUGAGGCUCGUAGCUGGGUAGAUCAGUAUCUACGGUUCGACGUCAAUCGGGAUGUGAAUUUAUUCGAAGUCACCAUUCGGGUUCUGGGGGGAUUGCUCAGUACAUACCAUUUGAGCGGGGACAGACUGUUUUUGAACAAGGCACUGGAUUUGGGACAGCGACUGCUGCCAUGUUUUGAUUCGCCAUCCGGAAUCCCCUACUCGGAUAUUAACAUUGAAACGAUGAAAGCUCAUCCACCCAAGUGGUCGCCGGAUAGUUCGACCAGUGAGGUAACCACGUUACAAUUAGAGUUCAGGGAUUUGUCCAGAAGCACAUUGAAUCCUGUUUUUGAAAACGUUGCCGCCAAAGUGAACGUCAAAAUUCAUGAUCUGGAGAAAAACGAAGGAUUAGUACCAAUAUUCAUCAACGCAAACACCGGUCAAUUUAGAAAUUUUGCCACCAUUUCACUUGGAGCUAGGGCAGAUUCGUACUACGAAUAUCUAAUAAAGCAGUGGCUUCAGACUGGAAAGAAAAACGAUGACUUUUUGAUCGACGAUUAUCAAACCGCGAUCCGCGGUGUGAUAAACCAGCUGGUACGAACAACCCCGAACGAGAAGCAUCUCUACAUCGGUGAGCUGAUGAACGGUAAAGAUUUCAAGCCUAAAAUGGAUCACCUGACGUGCUAUCUGCCGGGAACGUUACUGCUCGGCUAUAAAAAUGGCAUGCCAAAAACACAUCUAAAAUUGGCUAGCGAUUUACUGGAAACCUGUUACCAGACCUACAUGAAACAACCGACUCAACUUGCACCGGAAAUAUCCUACUUCAACCUGAACGGGGAUUCCGAGCAUGACAUUUACGUCAAAACCAACGAUGCACACAAUCUGCUGCGACCAGAGUUCAUCGAGAGUUUGUACUACUUCUAUGCCAUCACCGGGAACAAAACCUAUCAGGAUAUGGGCUGGACGAUUUUCGAAGCGUUCAAUAAGUACACCAAGGUGAAGAACGGCUACACGUCUAUCGGAAAUGUCAAAAAUCCACUCAAUACUCGCCCGCGGGAUAUGAUGGAGAGUUUCUGGUUGGGCGAGACGCUAAAGUAUUUCUAUUUGUUGUUUAGCGACGACCGAUCUGAGAUCGAUCUGGAUAAGUAUGUUUUUAAUACCGAAGCACAUCCGCUACCUAUUCGGGAAGAUUGAGCUUUUGCGGGUCUUCUGUGAACGUUUUAGCAUCUUAAGGGCUAGUGGAAGUUACUUUUGAUAUUUUAAUUAGAUCAUUAAAUAAGAUUCUGUUUACAACGUUCUCGCCAUCAUUCAGCGGUGUACGUUUGUGUAGACAGAAUCAAAAUUCCACAGAGCCACUGUUUAUAAAAAUCUAUUGCAAUUAUUAGGGCUAGUAUAGUGAUGAACCAGCACACACAUGGUUUAAAAGUAGCACAACAUUCACAAAAGGGGAAGAAUUAUGUAGUUAGAAAAUCCAUGGAAUACUUGUUAUUUUUGUACCUUUUGUUAAUUCGUUGACCUAAUAACACUAAACGAUGUAAUUCCUGGAUCUAUUCUUAUUUAUAUUUAUUUCUUUUCCAUUGAGUGUGUGGUAGCUAUAAGUGGAACCUACGUUUAGUGAUUCCUACUAGAAUGGAAACUUAGUAAAAUACUUCAAUAGAAAAAUAGCAUCCCAUGUGGCAGCCUAAAUUGUGAGAUAAUGUUUAUAAAACAGUCUAGUCACAGAUUAACGGAAAAGUAGAACAGUGGAAAAUUACAUUUCAAACUUAAAGAUUAGAGGAUUCGUUCGUUUCGAUACAAUCAAGAGAUGUAAAUCAUUUGAUACUGCGAUUAAUAAACAUUAAUUGGCUGUCUUUUUA